UACAAAUUGAAGAGAGGAAAAAACUCAAAAGUUACAGAAAUGGCGGUACAAAGAGGACGUAAUGGCAUGAUGGGUGAAGAAGAAGACGAAGGCGGUUUAUUCGAGGAGGAAUUGGAGUUCGAGGAAGAGCCAGAUUCUCACAUACCUAUUCACCUCCGUGACAUUUUCAACGCCGCCGAGUCCGGCGACGUCGACGCCCUUCGCCAAGCCCUAGACAAUUUUAAUGGAAGCAUUGAUGAACCUCUAGAAGAUGGGGACACUGCUCUUCAUAUUUCUUGUCUGUAUGGCCAUCUGGCGUGUGUGGAGCUACUAUUAGAGAGGGGAGCUUCUGUGGAGGCUAAGGAUGAAGAUGGAGCAAUUCCAUUGCAUGAUGCUUGUGCUGGAGGAUACACAGAAAUAGCCCGUCUGCUAAUAAACAAUGCACCUGACCUUGAAUGCGUGAAAAGGAUGUUGGACACUUUUGAUGAAGAAGGUGAUGCGCCUCUGCAUCAUGCCGCCAGAGGUGAACAUUUAGACGUUAUCAGAUUAUUGAUAGCUUCAGGAGCUUCUGCUUGUAGGAACAACUUAUUAGGAAGAACCCCGUCUGAGCUUGUUGAGCCUGAAAGUGAAGCUUGCAUAAUCUUAGACGAAGCUAUAAGUGCUGAAAUUGGCCGUCCCUAUAGGUCUACAUAAAGAAAAUUGGGGUGCUUGUCUACCGUAGAUAUGUUCCCCUUGUUUUAUAGGUACAAGUUAUUUACCAAAAACAACUUUAGAAUAUUGGGGAUUAUGUAGUAAUUGGAGACUAAUGCUCCUGAAUGUUGCAAUACUCUUUAUAUUGAGAUUACAGUGUGAGAAAAUACUCAUCUUUUUUGAAGUGGUUGCUAAUGAUUCAUCAUCUAGAAUGAUAGAACAGGGAGAUUUGUUUUGUUUAUACUCCCUCGUCUUAAGGGAA